GCAAAUCCGAGAACGCUUCUCUCCACCAUCCAACGACACUUCACCUCAUCACCGCAAUUCCAAGGCGACUUCACUACGCUUUGCCUCUCUUUUCUGAAGCAUGGUAUCUCCAAAACUGACUGCAGAUGCAGCUACAAGCCAUCUCCAGCUAUUCACGAGUUGUAGCCGACUUUCGAGUGUCCCUCGCGAGAUCAUUCAUGGCGAGAACACCUGGAGCAUUUGCCUUGACGAGAGCGGCCAUGUUCAACUCUGUCCGCCCCGCGAUCUUCGGAUGUCGGCUGCACCUACGCGUCUUGAUAAUGUAGCACCGCAGACCGUCUCCUGUGACUGUGUCUCCUGACCAAUCUCAUUGGAAGAAGAAGCAAGACGUGAGCGUGAACUGGUCGAUGUCGAGCGCAAAUCCCCGAUGGCUGUGACAGAAUGAAACGAUAUGUGCCUAUAAAAUGCCCAAGCCCAUGCUCGUGGAGAUGCCUUCCCGUCUGCAACACACUUGUCCUCCAUGAGCACUCUCUUCCCCCUUGGCCACGACUCCCAUUCUCUGGUGAAGGCAUUUGUUCGGCAACUUCAUCGGUGAGUCUCGCACCUUUAGACUUCACCCUCCCGUCUCUGUGGCGCAGAGUUCACCCGCCAACGUCACCACUCAGCGCCACGCCACAGCCUCGUUUCACAAACGUUAGAACGUCACAACGCCACUUCACAACCUCACUUCAAACGCCGCACUCACCGCACUCAUUUCACACACUGCCAAGAUUUCCACCUUCAUUUAAGCUCUUCCUUUUCCUUCUUUCAACUUCUUCCCUUCCACAACCUCAUCCAACUUUGCCUGGCCUUUGGCUGAUCAGUAUGGUCGGCACAAGGCGCUCUAUCGUCAAGACUGAACAACUGGAGGACGAGUUCGAGCCUACUUCGCUCAGCUCUCACCGCGAAGCCGCUCCGCACGACACCUCUUUCGAACUUGCCGAACGCACAAGCACCGCCCCUUCUUCUCAAGUCACGCCUCCUGCAACGAUGGGAGGACUGCCGCACGCCGAGGGCGACCACAUGGAGAUCGACCAGGGCACCACUCAACAAGCGAUGGAGACCUUGAGCGCUGACAGCCACCACCUCAUACAAGCCAUGCAAAAGCUCGAAGCUCUGGGUAUCGAGGACGUUCUGCCAUCGCUGCCCAAGAUCGUCGUAAUUGGCGACCAGUCUCAUGGCAAAAGCUCCAUCAUCGAGGCUGUGUGUGAUAUUGCCUUGCCACGAGCGGCCGGAACGUGCACAAGGUGCCCGUUCCAGAUCACCACGACUGCAAGGUCCGGCGUCAGCGACUGGAUUUGCAACAUCUCCCUUCUCCUACGCUAUCAGUACAACCCCAACAUGACAUCUGAAUACGAGGGAUGGGAGGAUCUUGGCAGCCAGCAACGCAUCGAGUUCCAAGAGGUGUAUGACAAAGCGGACCUGGAGAGAUGGCUACGCCUUGCUCAGAUCGCCAUCUGCCAACCCGAGCCGUCAGCAAAGGCUGCAGACAUCGCAAAGAUGAACGACCUCAACUAUGGCUACGCCAUCGAAUUCUCCCCCAACAUCAUCAGCAUCGAGAUUUCUGCCCCUGGCCUCCCCGAGAUGUCACUCACCGAUUUGCCUGGAACCAUCAAUGUCCACCAGGAUGCGUCCAAGCAGUAUCUUGUCGACUUCAUAGGUGCACUGGUCAAAACCUACCUUGAAGAAGAGCACGCUCACGUCCUCCUGGCUGCAUCCGCUGAUCAGAACCUGGAAAACUCCACUGCAAUGAAAUGCAUCAACAAUCACAACGCAUCGGCCCGUUCGAUGGGUGUCCUUACGAAGCCCGACCUCUCCACGUUCCGAGUGACUGAUCUUCACAAGGUCCUCAGUGGCAAGACAUUCAAACUCACUGGCGGCGGGUGGUACGUGACGAAGCUACUCUCGCAGGACGACGUCGAUGGGGGCACGUCGCAUGCACAAGCUAGAGAAGCCGAGCAGGCCUUCUUCGCCCAACAUCCAUGGAACUCCACGCUUUCCGCGUUCUCCGACCGCUUUGGCAUUCCCAACCUCCAAAAAGAGCUCUCCCGCAUACUCACUACCAAGAUCAAGCGUCAACUUCCAGACCUCUUGGCCGAAGUCAAGCGUGCCUAUCAGGAAGUGUCGGCUGAGCUGCUAGACUUUCCGGAACAAGACAAAGAUGCGCAACGCACGGUCAGGAGCAAGAUCAAUCAAGUGACCCUUGCCAUCACGAAGCAGUUGAAUGGCGACUCUAUCCAAGGAGGCUUCUAUGCUGAGUACAAGGCAAUUAUCAAACACCUAGGACUGCAGUUCAGGAAAGCGAGACCCCAAUUCGAUUUCGCCACGCCUGGGGCCAAAAAGAUCAUCACCAUCAACGACGACAGCGAAGAUGAUAGCGACACCGUCCAAUCCAGUGCAGCCAAGCGCCGCAAAGGCAACGAUAGCCGUGCUGUACCCACGCCGCAACGCCCUGCCGACAAGACCCCUCGCACUCCCCGUACGCCGAUCAAGCAAGAGAAAGACACGCGUACACCGGCAACCCCAGCGAUUGCGCCGGUCAAAUUCACCCUGCUCCAGGUGCGCAAGGCCUACAGUCUUGGCGAAGCCUCAACCAUCGAUCCACACAACGGGAAAGUUACCGACAGCCUCAUUAGGAGCACGAUCCAGCGCUGGGAUGAUAUCGUUGAUGCCGCGCUUCAGUCGGUACACGCUGCUGUAGCAUCGAUGUUGAAUAACGAGAUUGAAGCAGCAUUGUCAGGGUACCAAAAGAGCAAGCUUUUCGGCCAAACACAGUCGAUCGUCCAUGAGGUCUUCAUGCAGCUGAAGGAACAAAACAAGGAUUCCGUUCUGAGACACAUCAAGUGUGAAAUGCACAAGCCAAACACGUUUCAAAAAGAACUCCUCGGAAAUCAGACUGCCGCCAGGGACAAAGAGCUGCGGGCUGAUCGUGAGGAAUGUCGCGGCCGUGAGUACAUCGACGCCGGCCACCUCGAGAAGAAGUUCAAGAACGUGGAGCAGGACAAGCAGGCACAGGAGAAGCAACUGGCCGAAGCCAUCAAAUGUCUCGGACCCGACAAGUAUACCAAAGAGAUCGCAGCCAUCGCUAGGAUCCUCGCAUACUACGACAUCGCCUCCGCACCCUUGCCAGACUUCGUGGCCAAGAAGCUCGAGCUCGACUUGUUCUCUGCAAUGGAGGAGCAAUUGCAAGGCGCGCUGAUCGAGAAGCUGAACACCGCUGACCGGGAGUACUGCGCCGAGCUGGUCGCCGAGGAUCCCGAGCGUGAGCGGACGCGUCGCAAGCUAACGGAGAAGCAGCACAAGCUGAAGGCUGCGAUGGAUGAGCUCAAAAGCCUGUACUCGCGCGAAGAGUAGGCCGACGAAUGACAGCAGAACGUUGACGCGGGUUGCGAGCAGCUUGGCAGACUUGCUUGUCUUUCUACUGCACUUCCCCCAGUGAGCAUAUUUGAUCAAUGAGAGAUUGAGAAGAGAUUGCGUGAGCAGAGGGAAUGGGAGAA